AUGGCAUAUGGUCAAGCAGGGAGCAUGCUCAUGUAUUUUCAAGAUAAAAUUGCUGAGAACUCGUCAUUUCAAUAUGCAUUGCAGUUGGACGAGGAAGAACAAAUAGCAAACAUAUUCUGGGUUGAUGCUAAAAUGCUCAUUGACUAUGCUUAUUUUGGUGACGUUGUCAGUUUUGACACUACUUUUGGAACAAACAAAGAAAGCAGACCAUUUGGAGUAUUUGUCGGGUUCAAUUAUUUUAGGGAAACAGUGGUUUUUGGUGCUAUUCUCUUGUACGAUGAGACAUUUGAGUCCUUCAAGUGGUUAUUUCAGACCUUCAUGAAAGCACAUAGUGGCAAGCAACCUAAAACAAUCUAUACUGAUCAAGAUUCUGCAAUGGGAAAAGCAGUUAAGGAAGUAUUUUUAGAAGCAUGGCAUGGUUUGUGCACUUUCCAUAUUAUGGAGAAUGCUGCUAAACAUCUAAAUGAAGCCGACGAGGAAGAAUCCAAUACUUCUCCCAAACAAAAAGCUGAAGACAACGAGAAAGAACCGAGUAUUCUUGCAGAUUUUAGUGCAUGUAUGUUUGAGUACGAAGAUGAAGAAACAUUUGAACAAGCAUUUAACACCAUAAGGGCAAAGGCGAGCAAGCAAAGCUGGUUGGAUAUUAUAUACAUGGUUAAAGAAAAACGAGUUGAAUGCUACAUGAAGGAUGUGUUUGCAUUAGGCAUAAGAAGUACACAAUUGAGUGAGAGUCUAAAUAGUGAACUGAAAAGGCAUUUCAAAUCUGAUUUUGAUAUCAUUCGAUUUCUUAAGCAUUUUGAAAGGGUGGUGGAAGAUAAAAGGAAAAAAGAGCUAGAUGCUGAAUUUGAGUCAAGGAAGAAAAUACCUAGAAUCAAAAUGAAGACACCUAUGCUAAUCCAAACUAGCAAGCUGUACACACCAAUUAUAUUUGAAGCUUUUCAAGGUGAAUAUGAAAGGUCCAUGGUAGCAUGA